GGUUUCUGUGUGUGUCUGUGUUUCGUGUGUGAGCUGUGAGUGCGUGUGCUGUUUUUCUAUUCUUUCAUAAAUUAUUUUGCUGUGUGAAUAAUUUCACCGGUUAAUUGGCUUUUCUUUAAAAACAAUUAAUAAUGGGACUUCUUCAUGGACUUACAAGUUUGAAGUUUACCGUAUUUCUUCAUAUCUGCAUUUCAUUCAGCUGUUAUAGGCCCACGGAUAGUGGUGCUGUAUCCCUCACGCAAUCCACCAUCGACACUACACUUGCCACUAGCGAGCUAGUAGUCAUAAAUUUCUACGCAGAAUGGUGUCGAUUCAGCAACAUUUUGGCGCCGAUUUUCGAUGAAGCCGCUACAAAAGUGGCAGCUGAAUUUCCUCAGCAGCAGGUGGUCAUGGGAAAAGUCGACUGUGAUAAAGAGAAUUCCAUAGCAACUAGAUUUCACAUCACCAAGUACCCGACUCUGAAGGUGAUUCAGAACGGGCAGCCGGCAAAACGGGAGUACAGGGGUCAGCGAUCUGUGGACGCGUUCUACAAUUUCGUCAAAAAACAACUGGAAGACCCGAUCAAGGAGUUCAAGGAGCUGAACGAGCUUAAGAAUCUUGAUACAAAGAAGAGGAUAAUUAUUGGGUUUUUCGACCACAAAGACUGUCCCGAGUAUAAUACAUUCAGACGGGUGGCCACAACACUCAAGGAUGAUUGCCAGUUCCAUGUAGGAUUUGGGAGCGUAGUCCAGCAAAUGCACCCGCCCAACCAGCCGAUUGUCGUGUUUAGACCAGACGUGGCGUUGUCGAACGAACGUGACGAGACAUAUAAUGGCUCACUAACCAGCUACGACGAGACGAACAUCUGGAUGAGUGAGCGCUGCAUCCCUCUGGUCAGGGAGAUCACGUUUGAGAACGCCGAGGAGCUGACUGAGGAGGGCCUGCCCUUCCUCAUCCUCUUCCACAAGCCCAACGACGAGGCUAUCAUCAAACGGUUCAAGGACAUAGUGUACAACGAUCUCAUACAGGAGAAACAAAACAUCAACUUUUUGACAGCUGACGGCGAGCGCUUCGCUCACCCACUGCAUCACCUAGGGAAAGGCCAAGAUGAGUUGCCUCUGAUUGCUAUUGAUAGUUUCCGUCACAUGUACCUCUUUCCCGACAUCAAGGACAUGGAAACGCCCGCAAACUACUCCAGUUCAUUAAGGUAUGACCUGUACUCGGGCAAACUGCAUCGCGAGUUCCAUCACGGCCCCGAUCCCAACGAGGUGUUGGCCAUAGAGCACAAGCCUAGUGGAGCACCCACCACUCCACCAGAGUCCACAUUUAAGAAGCUCGGCCCCUCUAAGAACCGCUACACGUUGCUCCGGGAUGAGCUCUAGAACAACAUCUGCAAACAGGUCGAGUGAAAUGCACUCUAUACUGUCAGCAAAAGCGGACAUGUCAUGUUUCUUUUCUCAUUUUCUCGUAAAAUUAAUCAUGGUUAAAAUUUAACCGGCUGUUGUGCAACCGGGCCUUGGAAUCUGAAAUUGUCCAUUUCGUAGAGCAUUGUGGACUCUAGCUACACGAUUAGACUAGAGCUAGACUAGUCUAGAUUGCUCUAUAGAAAUAGUUGUUGCAAAUUUUGGACGGGUCUUUACUUAAAGCUAGGUUCACACCAAAGUUAUUAACAAAAUGUUAAUAACUUAAUCCUUAUAGAUUCUAUUAGAUUGAACGGAACUUGACAAACACAAAUGUUCAACAUUUGUAUGAUAUGUUCAAUCUAAUAGAAUCUAUAAGGAUUAUGUUAUUAACAUUUUGUUAAUAACUUUGGUGUAAACGCAGCUGUAGCCACUUUGUACGGGGUGCAUGAUUGAAGUUAUCUACUUUUUUAUUGAAGCAUUCAAAUAUAUAAGUGGUGUAUCUCAAUAAAGUUAGAUUGAUAAUCAUUGUAUUGUUUCUGAAAUAAUAAAUUUGAUUUGAUACUAGAGUACUUUGUAAUCUAGGCCUCUACAAUUAUUAAAAACGACAGAAUUAACCUUCCGCCCUACUCAAUCAAACGAGCAGUCGCGUGUUGUAUUUUUUACAACAUCCAAUUUUCCACGUAUUAAGUACUCUGUUUACUGUCAAAACAUAUUAACCACUUGUAUAAUCACUUUUUCCAUUAUCUUCUUAGAUUAUUUUACGUCUAUGAACAUUUGGAUGAUUACCAUUUCAUAGCCCGGUAGGGUACAUCAAACAAAGCCAUCAAUUCUGUAUUAUUGGUUCGUUUACAGUCCCCGUAUACAGUUUUUCCCUAUCUUAUGCAAUGUCGCGACUAAAUGGCACCUAAAGACUGAACCAUUGCUCGGUUGAUAUUGCAACUCAGUGGAGUGAUGGGGGGAAAGUUUUGGAAUGCAUAGGUGACUCAUUCACUAACACCAACCCAUUCAAUAGUUUUGUGCAGCAAAAAAACUGACACUGUUGUACUUUUUACAACAGCGCGACUGCCGGAAGGUUAACUUAAUUUAGGAAUUGUAAGUAAAUGGUAGAGUGAAUUUGGUACAGUAUUGAAAUUUCAAUCAAGCAAAAAUUAGAUGAAAUAAAACAUCCCAUCCCACAAAACAAAUCAUGAAUUUAAAACAAAAUACAGUUAUUUGUUGGUAUUACAUACCUUAGGCUGGGCGCACACCAGUUAGUCAAGACAAGACAUGAUCAGACACGUUUAGUCACAAUACUUCACACAGUUGCUUAUGAGGACAUGUCUAACUGCAAUGACUAAUCAGUGUGAGUUGUGUCAUAAGCAACAAUGUGAAGUAUUGUGACUGAACGUGUCUGAUCAUGCCUUGUCUUGUCUUGACUAACACUGGUGUGCGCCCAGCCUAACUAUACUCUGUGCUUGUGUUUAUGCUGAAGUUCAUGCUCCAGGGUUUCUAUCCCCAAACAUUUUUCACGCAAUUCAUUUUUUUGUUAUUACAUAAUUCGUGUUUAUUCCAAGCCUUGGACAUUUUUCUAUCAAAUUCCAUAAAGUUUCUUUGGUAGCAGAUAACUUUGAAAGUUGUUGGACAUCGUUUUCUCACAUUUUUCGAAUUUCGUAACCGGCAAUUUAACAAUUUUUCUCCGAUAUUCUAAUCCAAAUUGUGAUCAAUUUUUUAAUCAUUGUUAUACAAAAAUCUAGUGAAACGUAUUCUGUUGUAUCCAAACCUAUUUUCGGAAAUUACUUGUGAGAUAUAUGUAUUAAAUUAUGUUUGCAUUAUGGAUAUUCGUAUGUACGAAUACAAGGUUCAUAGGCUUUGUAAAUUUAAAUAUCCUAAAUCUUGAGUGAUGUGUGGUACAUUUGAUAUUAAUUGAAUGAAUGGUUCACGUUGAACGGAUUAAAUUUUAGAAAAUUUCUUAUUGUCUUCUAGAACUAUUUCUAUGUUAUGCUUGUACAGUCUGUGUAUCAUCGUAUUUAAUUACUAUAGCAAGGGUUAAAAUGCUGAAUUAUUCUAAAAUAGGAAGUAAUUUUUGCAAUUUAUUAGAGAUGGUUGGUUAUUAUUAAAAUGCUAAUGUUGUACUUGAAAAUUCGUUGUAGAAAUAAAAUUAUGUAAUUUGCACGAUUUCUUAUUGUUGUGAUAGUUAUAAAAUAUGAAUCUAUAGUUAUUGGUUAUUGAGUAUAUUAACGAUUAGUUAGUUGAGCAUUAUGAGAGAACUAUUGAGUAAUGUGAAAAUUAUGUUACUUCAAUGAUAAAAUCCAUUCAACUAUGAUAAGCCACUGAUAAUCUCUUCUAUUUGAUAGAGUUAACCAUUAAUUCAACAAAUUAAUUUGUUUCCCUUAUUGAGGAUUAAUUUAGUAAUGAUCCUAAUAGAUUCAUAUUCUAUUUAAAACUUAAUAUAAAAAAUAUAUUUAAACAUAUAUUUAAUAUAUUUAAAGUUUAUAUUACUCAAACUUAACUACCCUGAAUUAAAUAAUUUACGAUGUUACACCAUUAAAUGAGGUCUGAUAAUUACAAAUUAUCUUUACAUUGUUUUAAAUUUAAAUGGUAACAAGUUGGAGAAAUAAACACUCAUGUACCUUAAACCUACUAUGUUUAUGAUUUCGGUCCGGUUGCACAAAAGCCGGUAAAAUUUAACCGUGAUUAACUUUACGACAACCAAUCAGAGAAGGUGUUUUUGAAAAGAUGGCUUCUCUGAUUGGGUCUCGUGGAAUUAAUCAAGGUUAAAAUUUAAGCGGCUUUUGUGCAACCGGUACCUAGGCUUAUUAUCAAAUUCCUUGUUUAUUAGAUUUUUAAAUUAUCAAAUUUCCAUUGUAUUCAAAACUGUAUUGAUUUAUCCAUAAUCAUUUAUAUUCAUUCUUGGCCUUCUUUAUAAAGAAUUUGUGACUUAGGGCCGUUUGCACAGUAUCAGUUUAAACUAAAUUUAAUUUUAAACUGGACUGAAUCCAUAUCAAGGCUCGCACGUUAUAAUGUGGUUCAU